GGAAGUUCAACAGACUGUUACUAAAUUUCAAGUGAAGCUGUAAAUUAAAUGUUGAUUUUUUCUUCAACAUUCACUUUCCUACAUGGAUUAGCUAUUUAACAUUCCAGAUGUGGAGGAGCAUGUUAAACUGACUGUCGGCCUACCAUGACAGAGGAAGUACUAACGCACAAGCCAACUAGAUCUGCAACAAAAUAUGUGAAUGAAGCAUUCAGUUUUCUCAAUUUGGAAGAUGUAGAUGAUACUAUUACUAACAAUGAAGUGGUUCAACAGAACCCUUUAUACAUUUCAAAAGAUCUACAUACUGCAAAAGAGGAUAACUUUGCAGAAACUAAUGGGAGUAUAGAUACGGUUAAAAAAGAAAAUGAGGGAGUGAAGACUGAAACAGUUAAAGAGUUAGAUAGUAGAGUGAAAAAUGAAACGCAAGAAGAGUUUAGAAUAAUAACUUCAGUAGAAGAUAGUACAGAAGUAAUUGUUAAUGGGGAAAACACUACAAAAAUACUAAACCAUGUUGAUAGCAGUAAAGGGAAUGGAGAUGAAUUUUCAAUUGUGACUUUUGUAGAAGAUGAUAGAGGUUUAAAAAGAGGCCUGCAAGGAGAAACAUUUGGUAAGAUUGGGAGAGGACUGAUUGAGAUAAACCCAGUGUAUGAAGUAACUGAUUACAUUGAUGAAGUGAUUAAGGACAGUAAUGAGGUGAUACAAGACACUGGUGAUGGUAAGACAGUGUCUGAAGAUGCAGCUAGUGAUAACAAUGAGUCACAGGUUGAAACUGGACCUGAUGAUAGUAGUGUAACUGCAGUUGAAAGUAAUGGAAAUGAAAGAUUAUCUGUUGUAAUUGAUAAUGAAGUAGUGGAACUAAGAACACACUCUCCCAAUGAGAUCAUAUCAAGGCAGUCAAGACAACCAACUUGGAGGAAAAACCAACACUUUGUGAGUGAAGCAUUUGACUUUCUUAAGGAAAUUGACACUGAUGACAUUGAUGCUGUUAGAGACAGUGUUCUGAUUAAUGGUUUCAAUGUCAAAAGUUGCAGUGAAUGUGGCCAGACAUUGACACCAAAUGAGAAAGUAACAGUAGAUGACAAGGGGCAAUCACUCUGCAAACAUUGUGAUACAAAACACACUGAAUCAGGGGAAGUAAAUGGAGGAAUUGCUGAAACAGAUGAGAUUGGAGACUUGCCUGAUUCUAAACCAGGACUAAUGAGGAAAAGGAGAUUGGUUCAACAGAGUAACACUGGAGAUGAUGAUGGGAAUUCAUCAGAUGAAGACAAAGGAGUGUAUCGUGAGAGUUUUCGCAAGUCCACAUGGUUGUAUAUUGGUGACAAUGAAGAGAUAAAGGAGAGUAGGAACCAGGCCAACUAUAUAUCCCUGUCAAAUCUUGGUGUAGAUACCUGUGAUACUGACAGUGUGUUUGGAGACAAUGUUUCUCCUCUGUCACCCUUGCCAGACUUCAGUCAAAUGCGUAAUGACUCUAUUGCAACUACGCUAUCAGAACAAGAGUUCAGAAGUCAGUAUAACUCUGUGUCAAGACGUUUUGUGAAGCGGGCUGACAGUCAACAGGAGUACAAGAGAUUUACUACCAGAGGCUAUGACAAUUUGAAGUCAAUUACCAUUGAACGUGACUCUAGCGUUGAGUUUGGUAUUCACAUACUGGACAGUAGGCCGGCUGUUAUAUCUGGAAUUGAUGCAGGUAGUGCAGCUGAGAGUUCAGGUUUGAAAGAAGGACAGAUUGUUGUAUCUGUAAAUGGUGUAAAUGUUUUGGAGGCAAACCAUGACGAAAUUAUCAGUCUGGUUCAUAGAGACUCUAAGACUCUAACUAUAGAGGUAGGAGGUGGAGACCCAACUGUAACGUUAGAUCUUCAAGUGCCAGUGAUGACAGGUUACCUACAGAAACAAGUGUCGUCUACUAUAUUCAGAACUUGGAAGAGGAGAUACUUUAUCCUGCGGCGAGAUAACUGUUUGUAUUACUACAAGAAUGAGAAGGAGACGGAUCCUCUGGGGGCUAUUCCAUUAAAUUGUUAUACGGUAUCCAGACAUGGAGAUCUCAACAAGUUUGGCUUCAAAGCAGAGAAAUACAACUCUAAAACAUUCUACUUCAUGGCGGAAAACAGAGAACAGAUGACAAAUUGGGUAGGUGCCCUCAAUGAUGCUGCACAGAAAGGCAAGAGUAAGGACUCCUGGAUGGACGUGACAGCCCAUAAUGUAGGUCUACCAGCACUAAAUAUCAGGAACCCUGAUUGUUCGGGCUAUUUGUUUAAGAUGGGUAGAGCUACACGACGUUGGAGGAAACGUUACUGUGUUCUUAAAGAUGCUUGCAUUUACUACUACAGAAAUGCCAACUCUAAGGAGGCAGAUGGUGUUGCUCAUCUCCAUGGUUACACUGUAGAAGUUAGUGGUGUGUCUGGAAAGAAGUUCAGUUUUAGUUUACGGCCACCAGAAACACAGAUGAGGACUUUCUCUUUCUAUACAGACAAUGACACAGAUAAACUGAGAUGGGUUCAGUCACUGAAUACAUCAAUAAAGAAAUGGGUGAAGGUGGAUUGAGAGGGUAGUAUUUUUACUGUACUAUUGUACAGUUGGAUAUUGAAACAUUUCUAGGGCAACAUAAUUCAUGACAGCAUUCCAGAGUUCAUUGGAACUUCUUGUGCAGUUGACAUUCAACUACUGCAGGUAGCAGUAAAACUACCUUUAGAGUUCCAAGAUCAAGCAGAAAAAUGGAAAAUCAGUUGAUGUUAUCAUAUCUCGCUUCAAGUAGAGCAAGAAUUUGGUUUAAUUAGAUUAAGUAUUAACCAGAUUAGAUGUACAGUGUUUUUGUAAUUUAUGCUUUAGGUUAGAAAAAGUUUUGAGACCAGUCUAAGACCCAAAGAGUCUGAUUGGUUGUUUACAAACACAGUCUAGAAAUUGACCAGUGGCUAGGCUUUGAUCUGAGACUGGUCUGCAAAACUCAGUAAAGAAUCAGUAAUAAAACAAAUGAAUGGUAAAAUGAUUUAUUUAACAACUUUGAUAGCAAUAUUUGAGCAAUAUAUAUCCCUGUUUCUCGUAUUCUCAGGGUUUCUCAUAUUCUCGUAUUUUGCCUUAAAGUUGUCAAAUAAUUUAAUGUUUGUCAUUUUCUAGACAGGAAUGGUUCAAAACUGACACACUGAAAAUUUCAAGUGAUUUGAACGCAUAUUGACGAAACUAUCAGCAUUUUACUUAAUUUUAAAAAAAAUCCUUAUUUUUUUCUGGUGGUGUUAGCAAAUUUGUCAUAAAUUAUUGAUUAUGCAAUUAAUUGUCAUAUUUCUUGAUGUAUUUACUACAGAAUAUAUCUUUUUAUUACACAAUGGUAAUUUUAAUGUUUUAAAUUCUACAACUUAUUUGUGAUGAAAAGUCAAAUCUAUGUCCACGGGAAUACGAGAAACUCUUGGUCCAUUUCUGGGGGUGAGGGUGGUAUCAAAUACAGUAACAAAAUAAUUAAAUGGGAUAAUUUCUGUAACAUUUUAUGACUCCAUCUGAAAGACAAGUGAAUUUUCUACAAAAUAACACCCAAAUGCUGUUUAUGAAAUGGUUAUUGUUACUGGGAAUAAAAACAACCCCUUAGGCCCCCGAGAAUAUGAGAAAACAGGAUAUGUAAUAUUAUAUUAUACUAUACUAGAUUAAUAUUUUGCAAUAGCAUAAGAGCUCUAUUUAAUUUACAUUUUGAAGUGAAACUUUAGUGAAUGACAACUUUUAGUUGUAAUGACGUGUUUUCAUAGUAUCAGAUACAUUUAAACAAGAAGUGUGAAAUAGUAUCGUGUUGGAUAAGAAAAAUGAUUUAAGAGUUACUUUCCUUGCAUUUUGUUCACCACAUAAACAUAACAGAAUUUCAUGACAAUGCCAUGUGUUCAGUAAAUCAAUUUGAAUUACAGCUUGAUAAAAAUGCUGCACAUGACAGUGAGAUGAUUUGUGAUUAAAAAAAAGAGAAAGAUUUUUGAUUCAGUAUUUAAAGUUACGUUAUUUUUGGUAGCCAGAUUUGCAUUGUUCAAGUUUUAUAGAAUGAAAAUAUUCUUUAUACUGUAUUUACAAGUACUCUCUUGAUUCAUAAGUAUUUUCUUGUAAUGUUUUUUGCAGUAUAAUAUUCAUAUCACAGUUAUAGUUGCAUAAUUUCCUAUGUACUGAUAAAGGGUUGUUCAAAGAGAGCAUAAUCUAUCAUUCGUCCAACAAGGUUCAAUAUUAUGUGAGUUUAUUGUAGAAUUAUAUAUUUGUUUAUUAUUUGCAAAGAAGUAUAUGAAUCUUUUUCAAAUGUUUGGUUAUUAUACAUAGUAUAUACUAUAUUGCUUAUAUUCAAAACAGCCCAUAAAAUGAUUGACUGUAACUAUGGCAACAGAUCUUCAUUGUACCCUCUUUUAUAAUUGCUUAUAUUUUUUACCCUUUCUAUUUCAAGUUCAGUACAUCUAAACAAUAUUCCAUGCUUUUUGUAGUAUAAGAGAUUUUCAGUUCAGGUCACUCUUUUGUAAGUAAGUAUAUAGUCCCAGAGGUUUUGCUAAAAUUUGUCAUUUCCCAUAAAUAGCUUAGGUCAUUAUUAUAGUCUUGAUUUACCUGCAUAUUCAUAAUCACUCGGAAAAACAAAAUCAGGGAGUGUAAUAGUUUUCAUUGUGGAAAGUAUUUACUGGGUAUAGGAAAAUGUUUAAUCAGCAUUAGUUGGGCAAGGUAUCUUCCCAUUUACAGGUAUUUUUUUUAUAAAACCAUUGCAUCCAUUUUGCUACUAAUAUUUACAUAAUAUAACAAGCAAUCUGUUUAAGUAAUUGUAAUAAAUGUUUACUGUCUUUAUUCCGAUGUAAAUGAGAUGUGGAACCAAAAUUUGUAGUCCUGUUUGGCGCCAUGUAACCGAUACUGUGUUAAUGCGCCGUAAAACCCAAAUAAGUAAAUAAAUUACCUUGCAAUAAUACAUUAUGUGAGAUAACUGGUAUAGUUUCAUAUUUCUAUAAACAUUGAUAUAGUUUUGACACCUUGUACCAAUAUUGUGUGCUUAGAUGUGUAAACAAACUUGAAAGGUUAGAACCAUUACCCUGCAAUAUUUCUAUAAUGAAUUUGUCCAUCUUUCAAUUUGGACAGUACCAUUAACUGUUAAAGGGGUGCAUACCAAAAAGAUACUGACUGAAUGGCAAACAGUGCAGAUCAUAAUCAGAUUGCACGGAUGUGCAGGCUGAUCUUGAUCUGUACUGGUCGCACAGGCAUAAUAAAUUGUGUCCAGCAUGAUAAGGGUUAAAAAUCACAGACUUUUUUUUUUAAUGAACUGGGCCACAGUGGAUGUAAGCACUGAGCUUCAGCAUUAGUAUAGAGGAAGUGGGAGAAAAAAAGUAAAGAUCUGUCCUAUGUGUUACUACAGAUUUAUAGAUAAAAAGUGGUUUGACCUAAAAACUUAAGAUUAAUUUUCUUUGAAGCUUGUUCCAGGAAAAUGUCUGGCUUCUACCAGCUUAUAUCAGAUACUGGCAGGUUCACUUCUUUCCUCCAAUCAUGGUUUGAUAGUUAGCGAUGUGAUCAAAUAAGGAUUUUUUAUGAUUUAAUAAGAGAUUGCUCAUUUUCAAAAGAUAUACUUAAUGAAAUCCUGCAUUCAUUCAAAGGGCCAAAAAUCUAAACUUGGCAUCUUGAAAAGGGAUCAUUGAGAUGUGCUUUUAUAGAUAAGUUUUCAUUAGUCUUUAAUUCUAAAAUAAUAACAUUUUUGACAUGUAUGACACUACCUUACUCUGUGAUGAGUUUUAUGAUACUGUAUGGGAUACUGUAAAAGCACAAAUUUUUGCUGGGUCAAAAUUUCACGAAUUUGAAAUUUUGAGUAUGUUUGCGAGGUUUAAUAUCGUGAAAUUGUAAAAAUGGUAUCCUAUAUGAAUUAUAAUUAUACUAAUGGUGAAUAUUUAUGGUAGGAUUAAUUUUUGCGAGAUGUAGGGCCUCGCGAAUAUAGCGAAAAUUAAACCCUCGAGAAAAUUUCUGCAUUUACAGUAAACAUUUGUUCUUGAUUGCCAUACAGCAUUCUUUCAGCAGGGGGUUAUGUUAAAGCACAUAUUUUUAUCAAAGUAGCAGAUUAAUGGAUUCUGUAAAAAUUCAAGUUGAGACAAUUAAUAUUAUCAUUGAAAAAUAGAUAGGGAAAAAUAGAUAUUAUAUGUAACUUUUCAUUCACCAUAAGGGACAUAUUGUGUGGGGUAUGUUUUAAAGCUGACAUGAGGUUUUGGUUCAUGCUAAUCAGUGUUUUAUGGUUGAAAAAUGGACUAAGAAAACUAUGCUUAAGAAAACUUAAAUCAAAUUCAGCCUGUAUGUCCAUGCAGGCUGAUCAAGGUCUGCACUGUUAGCUAUUCAGUCAGAAAUUUUCCGUGAAUACCCUUCUAAUAAUAAAUGGUAUUGCCCAAAUUGAAUGAUGGACCAGUCCAUUUUUAGAAAUUUAGAAGGGUAAUACUUAAUAUUAAAUUUGCUAUCACUUAGUUUUUAACAUAUUUAUGAUACUGAAAUUUUUGCUGAGCUUUCAAAGGCAUUGAUGGGAUUCAGUAUAGUUUUGGCCAGCUGUGUAUUUCAUAAAUCUUGUACGCUGAAAAACCAGAAUCAGUUGUUGAAUUAAACGUAAUCUUGGCCAGCUGUGUAUUUAGAGAAUUUAGUGUAUCAGUUAUUGGAUUUAACAAAAUCUUGGCCAGUUGUAUGUUUAGUAAAUUUAUUGGUUUGUGAUGGUGUUGAGUUACUCAGUAAACAUUGUUUGUGUGAAACACUAAGAUAAUAAAAAAAACACCACUUGCUGUUGUAUAUUUUUCCAUUAAGUAAACACAUACCAAAAAGGUCAGUUUUGAAUAUGAUUUGUCCAGACUACUGCCCGCUUGCGGAUGCGAAGACAUAGUUGUCCAAAUGGCUGUUCGCUGUAUGUGCGUUCGUGCGUGUGUCUGGAUUUGUUUGUCCGGACCAUAACUUUGACAUGCAUAGAGCAGUCUUAUUUAUAUUUGGCAUGAAUGUUAACCUCAGUGAGACGGAGUGUUCUGCGCAAAACCCAGGUUCCAUCUCAAAGGUCAAGGUCACAGUUGGAGGUCAAAGGUCAUGUCAGAUCUUAUCCGGCCCAUAACUUUGACAUGCAUUGAGGAAUCUUGUUUAUAUUUUGCAUGAAUGUUUAACUUAAUGAGACUGACUCUAUCUCAAAGGUCAAGGUCACAAUUAUGGGUCAAAGGGCAGGCUGGACAUGUUGCCCAUGGGCAUCUAGUUUUAUUCAUAAAGUCUACAUAUUCUUUUUUAUACUUCAUCUUCCGAACUACUUGCCAGAUUUACUAUAGAAGGCUCAUUAAUGGAAAGUUCAGUCAGUGGGACAGAAUACAAAGUAAAUUUUACAGCUUUUUAGCCUAAAUUUUAACAUUAUUGUUGAUGGAUAUAAGGUCCCUGUUUAUUGUAAUAUAAAAGAUAAAAUGAUGAUAUAUGUUCCUAACUUACAUUCAGAAGUAUUUACUUGUUAUAGUUUAUGAAAUAGAUUUUUUUUUCUUGUUGUUUUUGUUAUUUGUAUUUUUUUUGCUCAAAAGUGUGUUUUUGGUUGUGAUAUUAAUGUUAUCUUGUUUUUUACAUUCUGAGUUUUUUUCACACAACAAAUCAUAAAGCAAUGAAAUGAAAAACGUAUCUGUUUUUACAGAAUUAAAUGUUACCAUUACCUGUAUAUAUUUAAUUUUGUCUAAGAAACUUGUCAAAAAUGCACCAGAGCCUUGAUUUUUAAAAUCAUAAUUUUUUGUAGUUUUACACUGAUCAUUUUCCCAAAUCAUUUGUCUAUCAUUUGUGUGCAGCUGAGAGAAAAAAGUCUGCAUUUGCAAUUACUUUAGGCCUUUGCCAUGUAGAAUGCAAGUUGGUGCACUUUGGGUACACAUUGGUAAUGAAUAGUUUCAACAUUGAAUUUAUUGUGCUGUAAAGUGAAGAUUUUUUUUACUGGAGUCAUCAUAAUCUUAGCCAGUUGUAUGUUUUGUAAAAUAAGUGUUUAAAACAUAGUUAUGUCCUGUUACUAAGUAAAUAUUUCUUUUGUGUGAUACACUAAGAUUAUAAAAAAUAUAGCACCUGGUGUUGUUGAAUUUGUCUUUAUGACAACAAAUAAUAUAAGAAAUGUAUGUGCUAGAAAUAGAAAUAGAUUGUGAAAGAACCUACCAAUAAAAUGGUAUAACUAAUCACAUAGUAUAAAAUUAUAUUAUCUUUGAAUGCCAAAGAAUCAAGUUGCCAUAUUAUAAUUAUUUUGAGAUUAUAUAGUGUUUGUAAUUAUAGUAAUAAUAAUGAUAACUGCUUUUUUAGACAGAGAUAGUAGCUUUCCUUUUUUUAAAAGAAAUUUCAGAAUGUUUAAAUUAAGAUGUAUGGAAAAAUGUGUCUCUGCUGCAAAUAAAGCAUUAUUUUAUACACAGUCGUUUUUAACAACAAAAAUCAAAUCUUAGGUAAAUGUUGUUGAGCAGAUAAGUCCUUCUAAAAAAGAAAACAUUAUCAAGUAAACAGAGUUUUGCAAAGGGUCCUUUAGAAGGGACUGAAGGAAAAUCAAUGAUAAAUUAUUUGUGCUACUGGAAUUAAAGCAUAUAUGACUCCACUAAAUGUGGUUCAAUUUGACGGUCCUUUCAAAAGGGAAAAAAAAGAAAACAUAAUUAGUAACUUUAAAAGGAAAUUAUUUGUUCCACAAAUUGCAUCAUUUAAAAGGAAAACUAUUCUAAUAUCUAAGUUUGUGUUUCCUAAAAUGUUGUUAUAUGCUAAGCAGAAUUAUUAGAUACAUUUAGUUUAGUUACAUAUUUAUACAUUUAUGUAUUAAAGGGGCACACUUCUAGAUUUUUAUCAGGUUUUUUUUUGUCGAGCCAACUUGUGGUGAGCUCGAUAUAGUCGUCACUUUUGGCGGGUCGGUGUAUGUGCAUCCGUGCGUGUGUGCGUCCGUUUUGUCCGGAUCAUAACUUUGACAUGCAUGGACCAAUCUUGUUUAUAUUUGGCAUGAAUGUUUACCUCAAUGAGAAGGAGUGUCAUGCACAAACCCCAUGUUCCUAUCUCGAAAGUCAAGGUCACAGUUGGAGGUCAAAGGUCUAAUUGAAGUUUGUCCGGAGCAUUUUUUCUUCAUGCAUGGUGGGAUUUUGAUGUAACUUGGCAUGAAUGUUCACCAUUAUGAGAUGGAGUGUCAUUUGCAAGAAUUAGGUCUAAGGUCAAGGUCACACUUAGCGGCCAAAGGUGCUGGCGGGCUCGACAUUCUGCCCGUGGGCAUGCAGAAUGUAUUUCUAGUUUCUUCAAAAUUUAGAAAGAACUUUCCCUUGAUUGUCAUGACUGUCAAUGAGUAGUAAGAUCAAAGCUUUAGGAGUUAUUGAGAGAAGUCAUUUGUAUAAACUACCUUUUCCGUAAAGAGAGUAUUAAAGUCAUUACUGUUGCUAUUAUGCAUCAUUCUGAAGAAAUCGUAAGUGAUGUUUAGGAAUUUAAAUUUUUUUCAGGAUGUCUUGAUUAGUUUUGAAUUUCUCACCAAAUUAAGAAAAGAACUGAUGGUGUACUCUCCAUUGUAAAUUUCAGCUAUUUUUGAAACCAAAACUUUGUACUUGUUGUAUAGUCAUUAAACACUCCAUUGAUAGUUCCAGCUUUCUCAAUAGUGCCCUGUUUUACUAUCCAGCACCGAAGUAGUGAAGUGCACUGUCUCAUGUGACAGCUUUUGUUGGUAAUAAAAUUGACAUAACUAUAGAUAGUUAAAAAUUCAAAAACCUACUACCACCCUUGAAAUCCUUUAGUAUGAUUUAAACGUUACAUCUGGAUCAUGCCCAAUAAAGUCACUAUUCACGAAAAACUUGUUUUUGAUUUGAUGGAUGAAACAGUAUAGUUCUUUCUAAAAUUUAUAUGACAAGAAAAAUUAGUUACACCGUAAACAUGUACUAUGGAAUUGCAGGAAAUUAGCAGCUACUUUCAGUCAUACUGACCUAUUUGAUAUUGAUUUAGGAUUUUUGAUGUUUCAAAAAUAUUACUAUUUGUUUGGGAAAUAAAUUGGCUGUGAUACACAUCUAAAGGCAUGCCCCUUUAAAAUAUACUUAAUGGUUGUGUCAUAAUGCAAAUAUUGAAGGUGUAAUGUAGUAAACCAAAAAAAGCAAUAUUUUUUAUGUAAGAAAUUUUCUAUCAAUGUUUUUGUAGUACCUAUUACAUUCCUAUAUUUCAGUUAUAUUAACCAGCUUUUGUGUCGUCCAAGUUUUGUAUAGUUUAUAUAUAACAUUCCUGUUUUGUUGUUUAACCUUUAUUUACAUUUUCUAUAUUUACAACUUUUGACAUUGUUAAUGAAUUAAUAAAAUCUGAAGGAACAGA